AUGAAGAGGUUUAUUGCUAGGACAUUUCCCUGCCGUGCUGCAAAGAUGGAACAUGAGGCUACACAGCUAGAAAAGCAGCACGUGCAUAGUGUGUAUGAAAAUACAGCUGCCUACUUUAAUGAUCUGCAGAGCAAAGCGUGGCCUCGUGUUCGAAACUUUCUGCUGGAGCAAAAGCCUGGCAGUCUCGUUGCUGACAUAGGUUGUGGAACUGGAAAGUAUCUCAGUGUCAACAGUCAGGUAUAUAAUCUCGGCUGUGAUUACUGUGGACCGUUGGUAGAGAUUGCAAGGAAGAAAGAUGGUGAAGUUCUAGUAUGUGACAACCUUAACCUUCCCUUUAGGGACCAGUGCUUCAACGCAGUCAUUUCCAUUGGAGUGAUCCAUCAUUUCUCAACUAAACAAAGAAGAAUCAAAGCAAUAAAGGAAAUGGCAAGGGUAUUGAUACCUGGAGGCCAGAUGAUGAUUUAUGUUUGGGCUAUGGAACAAAAGAAUCGUCGCUUUGAGAAACAAGACGUAUUUGUUCCUUGGAACAAGGCCUUGUGCUCACGGCAUUUUUCAGAAUCGAAUCAAUCUGGAGAUAAGGGUGAGUUUGUGCAUGCUGUAAAAAGCCAAGACAUACACCCUGCACAGCUAGUCAUCUCUGACUGCAGCUACCAAACCAAUCUGCAGCCAGAAACUGAUUCAAAACAUUCCCACAAUACGGACCAUUGCUUAUCCAGAGCCUGCUGCAUGAAAAUUUCUGAAGAAGAAAACAGAUUUUACAGUGCUCUAGGAAGAUCUUUCCGCUCAUGGUUUUUCUCCAGAUCCCUUGAUGAAUCAGCCCUUAGAAAGCAAACUGACAAAAGGAAGGCUCUGAAGAAUGAAGGAGAAUGGGCAAACAGUACUGUACCCAUUGAGCAUUCGCGACACUGCAGUUUGGAUUUAGGUCACCAUGGGGCACUGAUAAAAGAACAAAGUUUAGAUGAUGAUGAUGUGUUCGUGGAAAGCCUGCCUCUCAAAAAAACAGAGUGGUCACCAGCCACAGAUGCACUGAAGGAUUUAAGUUUAAAUGGAGGACACCACAGUGUAGCUCAGAGCAAGAAUGAAGUAGCUUCAUUUAUAAAUGGCCCAGUGGAAGACAGGGACUACAGCUGCGUUUGUAAUAAAGAUGGUGCUGGUACAUCUAAUGCCAGCAAGUUUUUCAAAAGAACUUCAACAACUGACUCCACUGACUCUGCAUUGGAUUCAGCAGUGUCUGUUGGGGAACAAACUGAUGCCACGUUGGAUACAAAAGCCUUCAUGCGCUAUUAUCAUGUUUUUCGGGAAGGGGAACUGUGCUCUCUGGUAGAAGAGAACGUGCCUGAGCUUCAGAUACUUUCUUCCUGCUAUGACCAUGGAAACUGGUGCAUCAUUGCAGAGAAAAGAGGAACACAGCUGUAAAGAGAACAAAGCAGAAUUCAGUGACUGAGCAUUUUGAGCUGCUCCUUGUGUUCCUGUGAUUGUGCAGUGUGACAUGGAAUUUGAAUCUCAUGUAGUUGUGUGCCAUUCAUUUCUGAGUUAUUAUCUCUCUACCUAUUUAACUAUCUAAUGCAAGGUCUGUAUAUAGGAAUGUAAGUGGUAAACAAUGUUUAUGUUUUGUUAAACUUUUAUGAAGUUAAAACUGGAGAGUUUUAUACUGCUUUUAGUAAAUAAUUUUGUUUUUAAAUAUACUUUUCUAUUGAAAAAUAAAACCUUUUUAUAAGACAAGGAUCAGGACAUCUUUUAUGAGAAAUAUCCUCUCAGUAAGAAGUUUAGGUUUUGUUCUUCAAACGCUGAAGAUGUGUCACAUUACUCCCUGUUCUUGAAGUCCUAUAAAUAGAGACAUAGACACAUUUAAAACCGUACUUGACUGUAUACUGCUAGAGUGCAUGCUGCAGAACUGGGAGCAAGCAUGGUCCCGGUGCUUCUUAGUUUAGAGUAGAGUUGUUAAUGGGUAAAAACUAUGUACAAAACAAGCUCUGCAUAUUCUGCCAUUUGAGGUUUGUAUUUGGGAGCAAAUGACAGAACAAAUUUUUAACAGUAUUUUUGACUUUUGUUUUAAAAAGAAUUUAAUUUGUGUCUCAGGUGCAGGUUAAGUUUUAUAUGUUAGGUCUCACAAAUACUUCAUCUUAAUUUCCUUUGCUGUAGUUUUUCAUUGGUAUAUGUGCAUAUAGAAGUCAGAGGGAUUUGUGAGACUAUCAGUAUUAUGUAAAGGUUACGAAAUAUCAAAUAUUUGAGGUACAUAUAUCUUUUUGAUAAGUCUGGGAAGCUAAGAUAAAAUUAAUAAAAUUCCAGUGCAUA